AAAACCGCCCCCUGUUUCUCCUAAACAUUUUCCUCUUAUAAAACCCCAGAAAUUACUCAAAGUAGUAGUCAUCAUUCGUUUCUAACAUUUUCUAGAAAAACUGAAUACUGUAUUUCACUACUUCUUGAAUCGCCAUGGACGCGAAGAUCGGAGCAAUUGACACGUGUAAACCGGCGAACAACGAUGUGGGAAGCUUACCAACAACCAACACCGUUACCAUACACACACCUACCGUUCCGUUCAACUCACCGGACUCUACACUAGGCCGUCACUUAGCACGCCGUUUAGUACAAGUCGGUGUCACUGACGUUUUCGGCGUUCCCGGCGACUUUAACCUUACACUUUUAGACCACUUAAUAGCUGAACCUGGGCUUAAAUUUAUUGGCUGUUGUAACGAGCUAAAUGCUGGAUAUGCUGCUGAUGGGUACGCUAGAGCUCGUGGUGUUGGGGCUUGUGUUGUGACUUUUACUGUUGGUGGACUUAGUGUUCUUAAUGCCAUUGCUGGUGCUUAUAGUGAAAAUCUUCCUUUGAUAUGUAUUGUUGGUGGGCCUAAUUCUAAUGAUUAUGGAACUAAUAGAAUACUUCAUCAUACUAUUGGAUUGCCUGAUUUUAGUCAAGAACUUCGUUGCUUUCAAACCGUCACUUGUUACCAGGCAGUGGUGAAUAACUUAGAGGAUGCACAUGAACUGAUCGAUACAGCAAUAUCUACGGCGUUGAAAGAAAGUAAGCCGGUUUAUAUAAGCAUAGGUUGUAACUUGCCGGGGAUUCCACACCCCACUUUUAGCCGUGAACCGGUUCCAUUUUGCCUCUCUCCUAGAUUGAGUAACCAGAUGGGUUUGGAAGCAGCAGUGGAGGCAGCUGCAGAAUUCUUAAACAAAGCUGUGAAACCAGUUGUUGUGGGAGGGCCAAAAUUGCGUGUUGCAAAGGCAUCUGAGGGGUUUGUUGAAUUGGCGGAUGCCAGUGGAUAUGCUGUUGCAGUGAUGCCAUCGGCUAAGGGGAUGGUUCCAGAACAUCACCCGCACUUCAUUGGAACUUACUGGGGUGCAGUGAGCACGGCAUUCUGUGCUGAAAUUGUGGAAUCCGCUGAUGCUUACUUAUUUGCUGGACCUAUUUUUAAUGACUAUAGCUCUGUUGGGUAUUCUCUGCUUCUUAAGAAAGAAAAAGCAAUCAUUGUCCAGCCGGAUCGUGUGACUAUUGCGAAUGGACCUGCAUUUGGUUGUGUUCUAAUGAAGGAUUUCCUUGCUGCGUUGGCCAAGAGGCUAAAGCACAACCCAACUGCAUACGAGAAUUAUCGUAGGAUUUAUGUUCCAGAGGGACAUCCUCUCAAGUGUGAGCCUAAGGAGGCAUUGAGGGUUAAUGUUCUCUUUGAGCACAUUCAGAGGAUGUUGUCUGGUGACACUGCUGUGAUUGCGGAGACAGGGGACUCAUGGUUCAAUUGCCAGAAGCUUAAACUGCCCGAGGGAUGCGGGUAUGAGUUCCAAAUGCAGUAUGGAUCUAUCGGUUGGUCUGUUGGCGCAACUCUUGGUUAUGCUCAAGCAGCACGAGAAAAGAGGGUGAUAGCUUUCAUUGGUGAUGGUAGCUUUCAGGUGACUGCUCAGGAUAUAUCAACAAUGCUGCGAUGCGGGCAGAGGACUAUCAUCUUCUUGAUAAACAAUGGUGGUUAUACAAUUGAAGUUGAGAUCCACGACGGACCUUACAAUGUGAUUAAGAAUUGGAAUUACACUGGACUAGUUGAUGCAAUCCACAACGGGGAAGGAAAAUGUUGGACAACCAAGGUUCAUUGUGAAGAGGAGCUUGUGGAAGCAAUUGAAACUGCAACUGAAGCCAAGAAAGAUUGCUUGUGUUUCAUUGAAGUGAUUGUUCACAAGGAUGACACCAGCAAAGAGCUGCUUGAAUGGGGUUCUAGAGUCUCUGCAGCUAAUAGUCGUCCGCCAAAUCCUCAGUAAUAUUUCUGAAUGCUCGUAGCUAGUUUCAGAUUAGUGAAAAUUCUGGUUUCCAAGUUGGCGAGUUCCCACGUUAUAUCUCAUGUUUAAUUUCUGGGGUUUGUAUCCCGUGAGGGUAUUCUGCUAGUAUUGCUUGUUCAUAAGAUUGUCUAUAUUAGGAUUGUUGUCUCUUCAUUUGACAAAGUUUCGUUUACAUGUUGUCUCGUUUAUGAAACUUUGGACCUUGUUAAUUGAUCAUAAUAUUGAUCUACGUGAACAGAAGAUAUGACUGUA